CCACAAAGAUGAGAUAUAUGGACACCCAUAGAAAACGGAAACUAAAAUAUUCUCCUUACUUUUUAGAAUUCAACAAUCUCUUUAUAUGUGCAAAGGUUCAUUGCCUCUGAUGAUCCCCAACCCUCCGCUCUGGGCCAGCCAUGGCGAGCUACAAGGAGAAGAAUACAUGGAUGGCUGUCCCUCAGUUUGGAGGGUGGGAUCAAAAGACAGGUGCCAUGGAUUAUUCCAUGGUCUUUUCAAAAGCUCGUGCUAAUAGGCAGCAAUACAAGAAUGAGAUAAAGCAAAUAAGCCUUGGAAAUGAAAAGGAGCUCAUGGCAUACCAGCGAUAUGAAACUGGCUCCGAGACGGUUAGCAAAUGUGCAUGGCUUCACUUCAUGAUAAAGAUUGCUAAAGGGUUCAAGGAUCUCAACAUUGAGGCUAAUUCACUUGCAGUUAAAUACUUAUACGCCCAAAAAGAAGAAGCUGAAACGCUAUUUUAGUUGCUUUGCGAUGGGUUGAUUUUCCUGGAUCAAGUCCUUAAUCACGUCAAGUCUGUGCUGAUUGAGGACAGAAAUCCUGUCUUUGUCUCUAUGUGAAGAUCAUAUGCAUGUUCUUAUCAAAAAAAAAAAACAAAAAGAUCAUGCGCAUGUUCCACUUAACUAUGAGUGGCACAAUUAUUCUCCAAAUUUAAAAUAUUUCUCUUAUGAGCAUGUAACCAAAUGACAAUAAUAAUAAAGAUCAGCAAAUAACUCUGCUCAUCAAAUCUUGAAGGAGCAAAAUCGAACUGUUGUUGAGAUGCAUGUUAAAAAUAAAAUUUUGUACUUACAAAUUUCUGAUUU